CCAGCUGAGAUCUCGAUCUGUUGCUCCAUCCCGAAUUCACUUCCCGGAGCCGGCAGCUAAACCCUAGGUCCGGUCCACCGCCAUGGCGCCGACACGCUCGGUCGCGCUCCUCUGCGCCCUCCUCCUCGCCGCUUUCUGCACCUCCUCCGCUGCGUCCGACGCGCCCUUCCUCGUCGCGCACAAGAAGGUGGCGCUCACCCGCCCCAAGCCAGGCGUCGAGCGCCUCGCCGUCUCACUAGACCUCUACAACCAGGGAUCCGCAACUGCCUAUGAUGUUACCAUUAAUGAUGACUCGUGGCCAAAGGAAGUGUUUGAACUUGUCUCUGGAGAGGUCUCAAAGACUUUGGAAAGGCUUGAGCCUGGUUCCACUGCUUCACACGCGUUUGUCUUGGAGACCAAAGCACAGGGCAGGUUCCAAGGUUCACCCGCCGUCAUCAAGUACCGUGUUCCCACAAAGGCUGUGCUUCAGGAGGCCUAUUCAACUCCCAUCCUCCCUCUGGACAUUCUUGCCGAAAGACCUCCAGUGCAGAAGUUUGAGUUUGUAUGUAAUCCUGUGAAUCUUCAUUCUAUUCUGCUCUGCCUGCUUAAUAAUUCUAAUGUACUUGUGCUAUUCUGUGGGUGGCGUCGACACUCUUGCUCUGGAAUUCCUCUCGCGUGCUGUUCAGGCUAAGAAACUCGUGGCGAAAUACGGUGCGCUGGUGUCCGUUGUCUCCUUCGUGCUAGCUUUCAUCUACCUUGUCGCGAGCCCGUCGAAGUCCGGUGGGGCGAAGGCAGGCAAGAAGAGACGUUGAUCUAUCAACAUCCAUUGGUUCUGCCGUUUCUUAGCUGGUCCUCUGUCUGGAAAUGGAUGAGGCUCUUUAAUAGACUGAAUCUGUGAAGUUAUUAUGCCUUCUGAGACUGUAAUGAAGUGACUAUGCAGCACUGUGACACUUGUUUCUGCUUAUUUGUUCUCAGCAACUUGACAACCCAGAGGAGAGGACUUAGAAACCCUUUUGGUUCUGCUGCUAUGUUUUUUUUGUGUAUCAGGUUCUUUAGCUACCUUUGAGACUGUACUGAAGAGACUAUAUAGUAAAAUUUUGACGUAAUUUUGGUUACUUAUCUUUCA